AUGGGUACUCCCAUCAUCCUGGGUCCCACGCUCUUGCCAUGCUUCCUUUUUGCAUUUGUCAGCAUUUUUAUCUUCCGGAUUCGGCCCGGCAAACACCUCCUGGCCGGCUUGAAUAUCUUCACCCUCGCCUCAUCAGCGUCCGCCGCGCCGACGCAAAUCCCGACGCCCACCCGCGGCGCCGGCCGCGGCGGCGGCGGCGCCGGCGGCAGUGCCAAGAAACGCGCUGCGCCAAAGGCGCAGCAGGUGGUCGACAGCGGCAGCGGCCUGACGCUCAACCUUUCGAGGAUUGGGGAGGGAACCUUGGACCGCCUCGAGUUUUACGAUGCAUUCGAGAUCAUUGCGCACGGCAUGCUGGCGCUCGGCCUGGUGCUAGCAGUGCAGCUCGCCGUUGACCACUUUGACCUGCUGGGGCGCCCGGUCAACCGCUUCACGCUGUCCCACAUGCUGCCGCUGCUCACCCUCUUCAUCCUCUUCUCCCUCCUCAACUCCGAGUUCUUGCACCCGGCAGUCCAGAGCGGCGACCGCAUCGCCGUCGGACUGCUGGGCGCCGCGCUCGCGAUCGCGGCGCUCGCGGCCGUCGGCCUCAGCCCCCAGGGCGCCCUCGCCCUCGACCUGCGGGCCGCAGCCAAGGAACUCUGGGAGGGGUGGCUACCCUCGUAUCUGUCGAACGAGCGCCUCCAGAUCGCGCACGGCGCGAUCUCCAAGGCUCUCGGCGCCGUCGACGCCCCUGUCCUCGCCGCGGGCGCUGCGCUGCUCGGCGGCGCCGCCGGCGGGCUGAUGCUCGGGCCGGCGUGGAGGUACGGGCGGCUGCUGACCGACGCGGUCGCGCCGCGGCCGUGGAUGCUGCAGUAUGCGCGGCUGACGUGGCGGCAGGUGCUGACUGUGCAGCUGGGGCUGGCGCUCAACCUGGCGGUCUGCGGCCUAUGGAUUGGCCCCAUGGCGGAUGCCCUGCUGCUGCCCCCCGCCGCCCUCGACCGCGUGCGCCUCGCGGUGCUGGGCGCCGCGGCGCUGGCCAACCUGCUGUCUGUGCGGCCGUUGGUGCAGUCCUACCUCAACCUCGGCUUCGUCAACUGGUUUGUCAUCCGCCACGCCGCCGGCGCCGACGAGGCGUCCAAGGCGCGCGAGAUCAACCGGCAGUCCAAGAUCACCCUCGUCUUCGCGGGCAAGGUCGCGCUGCAGAUGAUCUUCCUGCCGGCGCUGCAGGCCGCCGCGCUGGGGCUGCUGCUGCUGCACACGCUGCCGAGCGCGGCGGCGCGGCGGGCCGCUGACGAGGCGGCGGCGCGAGCCGCUGAAUUGGCGGCUGUGGGCGGCGGCGGUGGCGGCAGCGGCGCGGCGGAGGCGGCGCCGGACUUGGCGGAUAUCAUCAAGGGCAUGCUGCCCGAGCUCAGCGGCCCGCCGAAGACGCCCGCGGCGGCCGCCGCCGCGGCCGCCGCGGCGGCGUGGGCGGCGCGCCCGAGCGCGCUGUUUGCGGCCGCGGCGGGGUUUCUCGCUUGGUGGCCGACGUGCGUGUGGUGCGCGCUGAGCGCCUUCUCGCUGCUGCUGGUGCGCAGCGGCGUCGUGGCCGGGCACGUCGCGGUGUGA